AUGCAGACUGCUGUGCUGUUGCUGACGGCUCUGUCGACCGUCCUUGUUGACCGUCGUCAUCAUGCUUUUGCUGCCCCUGGGGCUGCUGGGGCUGGAGAGACAGCUCGCUCGCUGAAGGAGAUCGAACAUGUUGUCAUAUUCAUGCAGGAGAACCGGUCUUUCAACCAUUACUUUGGCACCAUGGCCGGAACUCGCAACUUUGCAGAUCCUAAUGUCCAGAUCAAUGAUGACGGCAGAUCCGUUUUGAUCCAAAAGGUCCGGCCCCCGAGACAGGGAGUCAACACCCUAGCCCCAUGGCAUCUAGCUCACCAGGGAGGAGACUGGGCUGAGGGUGCUCAAUGCGCCACUGGGGGUAGCAAUAGCUAUGACUACAACCAGGCCAGUCUGAACCACGGGCGAAAUGACCGCUGGCAGGAUUUUGGUGAGCCGGCUAACUGGGGAUUCCUGAAGCGAAGUGAAAUCCCCAUCCACUUCUCUGUUGCUGAGGGCUGGACUGUUGGUGACAUGUACCAGCAAUCUUCUAUCACCGCAACCAACCCAAACAGAGUUAUGCUGGUUAGCGGUUCUCUCAAUGUUCCUGGAAGCCCCCAGAAGCCAGGAGACGGCGGAACUUAUCUCGAUAACUGGGAGGUGCCUGGCUGCCCACUGCCAAACAUUAACUGCUACCCUCUCAACUGGCAGACUUGCUACGAGGUCUAUGAAGAGCUUGGUGUCUCCUGGCAGGUCUAUCAGGACAAGAACAACUUUGGAGACAACCCCCUCGCUCACUUCAAGAACUUCCGCGACGCCCCGGCAGACUCGCCUCUCACCAAGAAGGGUAUGUCAUAUCCUGGGCUGGAGAAGUUCUACCAGGAUGCUCGUGCUGGCACUUUGCCUGAGGUCAGCUUCAUCGUUGGUCCUAUGGAGCUGUCUGAGCAUCCCCCCUGGCUGCCAAAGGAUGGAGCCUGGCUGCAGCAGCAGGUCAUCGACGCUGUCACCCAGAGCCCAAAGUAUGGCAAGACUGUCUUGCUGAUCAGCUACGACGAGUCCGGCGGCUUUGGUGACCACGUUACCCCUUACCAUGCGCCCAAGGGAACCCCUGGAGAAUGGAUGAAGGACUACCUAGGACUCCAGGGUGACAUCUUCGUUGGUCCAGGUUGGAGACUGCCUUUCUAUGUUGUCUCCCCCUUCACCCGCGGCGGCCGUGUCUUCACCGAGCACGCAGACCAUACCUCGCAGAUUCUCUUCGUCGAGGAGUGGCUUUCUAGCAAAGGAUACAGCAACGUCACGCUGCCCAGCAUGGUUCACUGGCGCCGCGAGCACAUGUCAAGCUUGGUCAGCAUGCUGGACUUUGAGAACGCUGAUACCUCGAUUCCCAACAUUCCCAAGGCUGAAGUGCCCAGCAAGAACUCAGCGGGAGCCUGGGAUGGCAUGUCCAAAUGUAAGGCCCGCUUCGGCAACCCAACCGCCCCUUGGAAGACUCAGCCAAAGACGUUCCCUCCCAAGGGCCUGAUCGAGCAAGGUUACAAGCAAGUGGUUGGCUACCUGACCGAAGGACGAUAUCUCGUCUUCUCUUCCUCACAGGACAAGGACGAGUUCCUGCUCUCUCACGAGGGCGGAUCGAAGCUAGGCGUCUCUAAGUCUUCCACUGAUGCGAACCGCUAUGCCCAGCCGGACAACCGAUUUGUGAUCCAUUACUACAACAAUGGCGCGACGGACCUGGAGACUCGCCUAACACAGCAGGACGGGCCGUUCCUCGUGUCUACCCCUGACAAAACACGGUGGAUCGGGCUUGAUGGGACUCUCGUCGGGUCUCGAGAAGCUGCGGCGCCUAUGGAUAUCGACUUCGAUGCUGGCCCGCAGGGCGGCUCCCGUGGCUACAGCAUCAAGUAUGCAAAGGGAGGGGAUAACAGCUUUGUCACUAUCAGCAAGGGAGGUGUCAGCAUCGGCAAGGCUUCGGCUCAGUUCAGGUUCAAGGUUCUCAGUGUUUCCUAUGAUUGA